AUGCCCUGGUUGGUGUUCAGCAUCGGCGAGGUCCGAAGGGCGUUUUACGAAGGACGUUUGCGCUUUAAGAGCGUUCCAACCAGAACCCUCUGUGCGUGCUACGAGAUGGAGAACGGCCGCCAGGACCCUGCAUAUACGCCCUCCAUCUGGAACAUCCAACGGUUCAGCACCAACGCAGAGGCCGCUGCCGCGUAUGGCUUCGACUUCUGUUUGGAGGCGAACGAUCAGGGCGACGUUCCCGUCCUGGUGUGGGAGGACGUUGAGAAGAAGAGCUGGAUUGAGAGUAUCACGCCUCGAACCGCCGCCGCAUCCUCGUCCACGGCGAUUCCCUCGGCUGACCGGCCUUCAACACCGCAAGCCGAAUCAUCCUCGGCAAUUACUGGUCGCGAUGCAUUGCCCGCCGGCAAAGAUAUCACUCUAGAAGACGUCGAGGACGACCGUGCGCCUCCCUCUGACGAGCAAUCGCUGCGCUCAAGUGAGCGUCACAGCGAGAAGACGCCCAAAAACCGACGAAAUGCCAAGAAACGGAAUCAUCGAGGGGCACCGAAGAGCCGUUCAAUCGAAGCUACGAGGGACGCCUCUUCCCCCGAGCCGCCUGACGUCGAUCAGCGGCAGACGCGGGCCAAGGCAUCCACCUCGAGCAAAGGCGACAGUCUUAGCACCUCUGGCGAGGGGUCCGACGAUCCGGCGAAGCGUUCGCACGGCUCAGAGCCAUACGUUCCGCCUGAACCCUUCUUUCCCCCAUUCGACCACCCGCCAGGGUUCUAUCCGUGUGCACGAGUACCGCGGCCGACUGCCAAGAACCCCUUGGACUGGCGAUGUAGCAAAUGCCGAGACGCCAACGGCGAUUGCGUCUUCUUUCCCGGUAGCUCGGCCAAGUGCGACCUCGGCUACCUCUCGCCUACUAAAAAGGGCUUCGCGAUGGCGUACAGCGCUUACAAGGCCGCGGUGCAGUGGGCGAAUCCCCACAUAUAUCCUAACCCCAUUCCCGCCACAGAGGCGUGGGCCUUAUUAGGGCACUCAUCGAAUGUUCCGACUUGGUUCAAGGAGUGGUGGCGCGAACACCACACGCAUGCCGAAGAAACCCUGACAGCAAAGAGGCUGAGGGCCGUAGAAAACCCAGACACCCACACACUCCGCCGAAACGACAUGGAGUCCAUCCCCGACCUUGGAGAGGAGCUGUACAGGACGAAACACUACCCGUACGAUCCGCAUGCGCCCCCACCCUCCACGAGUGGAGGCAAGCCUGGUGACGAAAGUAUUGACGCGUCUCAACCACCUACGAAGAAACGUCGACGGGCUCCAAAACGCGCAGCUCCCCAUCAGCCGACAGCCGAAUCAUUGGCACCGCAAAACCAGGCAGUACCGCCGCCUCGUCUGGAUUUUCGCAACGUGCCGCCAACGCCUAUUGCUCCUGAAGACCCUGUCAGGGAACUCCGCACCCUUGUUAGGAGUGCGGAUGCGGAUUUCGUUUCCCGCGAGGAGUACAACGUACUCCUCAACCGCUUCGAGGACCAGGUCGUGAGGACGCGCAGCCUCGAGGUACAAGUCGCUGAGAUGCGGGGUCAGCUCGAAGGAAUCCUCUUUGCGCACGGCGGUGGAUUUCCGGGUUCUGGAUCUGCGUUUUCUACACGCUCUCCAUUCUUCCAACCAGCCCGCCCCACCGGAUACAGCAGCGGAAACUCCUCCGCACUCCAGCUCGCCCGUUCAGUGGGAUCCAGUAGGCACUCCUCAAUCUCGGUCGCACCAUCCCCUUCAACCUCCGCGCUGCCAUUGCCGCCGUCGAGGACGGCCUCGAGAUCGACAUCUGUAACAUCGUCGCUCGGACCCCAAGGCAAGGAGGGCGCCUCGCGGUCUUCGACUGGAGGUAUGUAG